GGCAGCUGCGCCGUGAAGCUCCGCCAGGCUGCUGCUACCGUCACGGUCAUCUUCUCUGCUGCCGCCCCUUCAAACAAUGUUAUCCAUGUUCUGCGCGGCUCUAAUUCACCCACCCAGCGCUUCAUUAUCCAACACCUCGGAGUGAUUCUACCGUCGACAGUUUGCCAUGGCAACGGUGGUGAUGGAGCAGAUCGGUCGGCUCUUUAUCAACGCCCAGCAGCUGCGACAGAUCCCCCAGCUGCUGGAGUCGGCCUUCCCGACGCUGCCUUGCACUGUGAAGAUCUCCGACGUUCCCUGGGUGUUCCGCGAGCGUCACAUCCUCACCGGCUACCGACAGCCGCACCAGAGCUGGCGCUACUACUUCCUCACCAUCUUCCAAAGGCACAAUGAGACCAUCAACGUGUGGACCCACCUGCUGGCCGCCCUCAUCAUCUUGGUGAAGUGGCAGGAGAUCUCGGAGACGGUGGAUUUUUUGCGAGACCCUCACGCCCAGCCCCUCUUCAUUGUGCUCCUGGCAGCUUUCACCUACCUCUCCUUCAGUGCUCUCGCUCAUCUCCUCUCUGCCAAGUCAGAGCUCUCGUACUACACCUUCUACUUCCUCGACUAUGUGGGGGUUGCUGUCUACCAGUACGGGAGUGCUCUGGCACACUACUACUAUGCCAUAGAGAAAGAGCUGCACACCAGCGUGCAGGGGUUCUUUUUACCCGCUGCAGCUUUCUUGGCUUGGCUUACUUGCUUCGGCUGCUGCUACGGCAAAUAUGCCAGCCCUGAGCUGCCUAAGGUAGCUAUCAAGCUCUUCCAAGUGGUGCCCUCGGCCUUGGCUUACUGUUUAGACAUAAGCCCAGUGGUUCAUCGCAUUUACAGGUGCUACCAGGAGGGCUGCUCUGACCCAAUUGUGGCGUACCAUUUCUACCAUGUGCUCUUUUUCCUAAUCAGCGCCUACUUCUUUUGCUGCCCUCACCCAGAGAGUUUUUUCCCUGGGAAGUGUGACUUCAUCGGGCAGGGCCACCAGAUCUUUCACGUAUUCGUGGUGGUAUGCACCCUGAUGCAGGUCGAAGCGCUGCGAACAGACUUCACGGAGCGCCGUCCCUUCUACGAGCGUCUCCACGGAGAUCUGGCGCACGACGCCGUUGCACUCUUCAUCUUCACUGCCUGCUGCAGUGCUCUUACUGCUUUUAUUGUGCGCAAUCGUGUACGUGCCUCUCUCCAGGAGAAGGAGGAGUAAGAAUCGGUUUUUAAAAAAGGGAAAAAAAAGUAAUUGAUUUUACUCUGUAGUGACCGUUUUAAAAAUAAUUCAGAUGUCUUUGUCAAUGAGAGUUAUCAGUUUGUGACAGUGACUUAUGAUUAUUUCUUCUCUCUGUGAUCUGCCAAACUACAGUGAACUAAAAAGUGACUGAGGGUGUGUUUUUGUGACUUACAAUGAAGAAAAGGGAAUCUUGUGAUUUUUCUGCAGCAAUGCAGGUAGUACUCAAACACUGCAACAAGUCAUUGCAUCUUUAUUCCUCUCUUUUAUUCGUCUGCAAAGUUGUUUUUCCUCACUGUACAAAAACAGUGUUUCUGUCCUGAGGGGUGUAUUAUGAAGCAAGUUGAUUUAAGCCAGGCUUUCUUUGGGUUAACUGGCUGGACAAAACCCCAAACCUCAAUCACAGAAAACAGGUGUCAUGACAGUGGUUACCAGCUAUCUUUAACAAUCAGCCUGUGAUCGUCCUUAAAUAAAUGGGGGCAUUUUGACCCGUUAUUUGGCUCUUUUUCUGCAUAAAUUUCACAGAUUGCGUGCUGCCUACUUUGGUCAAGAAGAACGGGUUAUUAUAAUGUAGUGCUACCAAGAAUAUAAAAAAAGCAUCGCAGCAAAAAGCACUCUUUCUGCACAUAAGGCAAGAAAGGUAUGCUGAUGGAAAACUGUGCAAGUUAUGACCACUUACUGUAUUUUCAAUGCAGCUGCUUAAACUUUCAAGGUCUCGUAUUGUCACCUUUUUCCCCAAGUUGAUGUAAAGUCUCACAUGUCCCCAGAAUGUGUAUUUCAGUUCAAAUACAGCACAGUUCAUUCACUCUACCAUUCCUAAAAUACCCCUGGUUUUACCUCCUGUUCCACAUAGGCUGUUUUUGUAGCUUUAAAUCCAACUGAAGUGUUGUUUCUCAUGUCUCCAGACGCACUAGGGAAAUGUAUUUAUGUUCAAAAACAAUGAAAACAUGGAUUUUGCAUAAUAUGGUCGCUUUAAACCUCAUACAUUCAAACAUGAUAUUCUGACACUGUUCCAUAAUGAGGGAUGCAUGGAAAUCACUGCGGUUUUUGGCUAAAUUAAACUUAAAAUAAUAUUAUUGAUUAAAUAUUCUGUUAGCUGCAGUACCAGCAGUGUAAAAUGGACUUGGCAGCAAAUCAGGCGCAAGCGUAAGAACAUGGUUCUUCAUUUUCUGCAUCACCAGCUUAAUACAUUGAGUUUCCUUUGGCAAAACGACACAUACAGGUUACAAUACUUUGACUGCAUGGCUUCGUUUAGCUGCAUUACUAACUUACUGAUCAGCUGACUAUCUGUGCACCAUCAGUUGCCAUGGUGAUCUGGCCGAAUUAAAAAAAGAACCACCUUUGUGACACCAAAAACUCCAACUUUAAGCGCAGCAUACUUUGCUUUCUCAUUAGUACUGCUUUGUAGUACUCCCCUCAGGUUAGCAGAAAAAUUAACAGGCUCAAAAUGCCUUAAUUGUAUUUAGAAUAAUCUGACUGUCGUAAUCAAAUUGUAGCAUUUCAACUCAUGCAGUCAUUUAUUUUUACAAUUUACAGUCCCGGGAGACUUUGCAUAUUGGAUGCUAAUUCCAAUCCAAUUUUAAAUAAAUUACUGUUCUUCUAGAUGUACCAUUCUGGCAUUUAUUUAAUGUGUUUUCCCUGAGAUUGUCUCUUUAGAUAUCGAAGCAGGGAAUUAAUUUUUUAAAUUCAAUUUAUAGGCGCUAACACUGUGCCGCAGAAAUGUUUGAACGCAAUCGAUGAAAGCUGAGAACCCAAUUUGAAAACCAAAUAUUGUGUCUCCUUUAUAAAAAUGAAAAAGGAGCCGUUUUCUCUGGGUGAUAGCAUUCUGUUGAGGAUGAGGCUGGCACUCUGUAUCGGUAAAGAGAUGGAUGGAAGAUUAGUGAUGUCUCUUUGCUGUGGGUGACAAUGUUAAUCUUUUUUUAUUCAAAGGGCUGGAACUUCAGCUUUUGCCUUUUUCACAUCCCAUGAUGUCAGUGCUUUGUGCGCAUCGCUUUCAUUGUCGGUUGUUCAGAUUUGAGUCACAAAAGCUGUGUCUGACUGGUGUUUUGCUUUUUGUUUUUGUAUGAUGAAUAUGUAUGUGCCUCUACGCAUGUCUUUUUGGUAUAUACUGUGGAUAUUAAGUGUGUGAAUGUCUAUGAAAGCUUAGCCUUGCACUUCUUUCUUACCCUGUAAAUAAGCUGUGUUUCUUUGGGGAAGUUGUUUGCUUCCCAUUUCGUCUCCACCUAAAAGCAUUCGGAACUGAAUGCAUGUUUUCUUUCGGGUGGAAUACAGCACAUUCCUAUUUUGCUACAUCUUUUCAGAGUGUUCAGUUUCCUCCUGCCUAUCAGACUGAAUACAUCGUUUCAUACUGCUGCACUGUUACUCGGAAGAGUCCAUCUUUUAUUCUCUCCUUCAGUCGAUGACUUUUCUUAUAUAAACAAAAAAUAUCACAAAGAUAUGGCUUCACUGAUAAUGCCGCUUAGAUUUUUAUCUCACAAAAUGUCAAAUAAUAACGAUUGCACUCUCUUUUCAUGACAGUGCUUAAUGUGCCAAUGAAUCUGUUAUUGCUUCAGUGACGGUACUACUGAAAGAUGAAGUCCCGGGCCAGACAGAAUGUCAGACAAGUGAGAAUGAACCAUAACGUCCCCUAAAUAUGAACCUUUUAACUCCAGACUUUGGCAUUUCUGACCUGGUCUCAUCAUGCACUGCCUGAAUCAACACUGUAUAUACUGUACCUGACAACACUGGCUAUGUUUACAUGCAUGGAGGCUGUUAAUGUGGUUAUUCCGGUUUUGUGUUGACCCUUGGAAAUGUCAUAAUUCAGAAUAACCUGAGUAAACUUUUACUCCAGUUCGGAGAAACCUGGACCUCCCUUUUGUUAAAGAUCGGUGGUCGACAAGAUUGAAGCUCUCAUGCGGUCUAAUGCUUUGCUGAAAGGCUUCAUUACAGGCUAAUGAUUUCCAAUUGGCCAACGGUGUCUCUAAAGCUCUCAUCAGCCCCACGUGUAACAUAAGGCUAUUGUCCUGAGCAUCAAAAGGACCAAAACAAUUACUACUGAGGAAUCGGCAUCGUUGAAAAGGGGAGGGAGCAGUUGGAAAGUAACCAGUAUUUUUUUUGCUAAAUAGAUUGUCACCAUGUGGAUAAUGAUGGUCAUUUUCUAUGAGCUGGUGCUGCGAAUUGCCAUGUGGGCGUCUGUGAAACCUAAGAUGGAGAAUCCAACAUGGAUAAUGAUGGCCAUCUUCUACGUGUUGCUGGAUAAUGAGUGUAAGUCUGUGCGUGCGUGUAUGUGUGUGUGAACAAAUGUAGCCUCAGAUACCACCCAAGGCUUCCCUUUAUCCCUUUCAUAAAAGCAGGGUGAGAGGGACCAGAAUGUUUUCUGCCUCUAAAAAUAUGUGUAACUGACUGUACUAAUAUUCUGUGGUAUUUAAAAAAAUAAAGUGUUACAGUAACUUGAAAAA